UGUGUGUCUGUCUUCAUAAGGACUAUUUUACUUCCAUAGGGUUCUGAAAAUCCCCCAGUGAGGAGGAUCUCUCUAUCUGCAAGGCUUCUCCUUUUCUUUUGCCUCUGCUUAUUCCUUUCUCUUUGCGUGUCCCAAACUCAAUUCUUCCAUUUCUUUACGAUCAAAACAGCGAUUUUCAUGGCGUCGAAUUCGCAGAAGGAUUCGCCUGCUGACGAAAAGCAGGCUUCGCCGGAGAAGAAAGUCGAGAAAUCUGAAACAUCCUCUGCGGAGUCAGAGACUGGACAAAGUGGUCCUGGCUCUGUGCCAGGAAGCGGUUUUGCUCCCAAUCCUUUCGAUUUCUCCGCCAUGUCCGGCCUGCUUAAUGAUCCAAGCAUCAAGGAGCUAGCUGAACAGAUAGCAAAAGAUCCUUCUUUUAAUCAGAUGGCAGAGCAGCUUCAGAAAACUUUUCAAGGCGCGUCAGUUGAUGAUGGCAUUCCACAGUUUGAUUCUCAGCAGUAUUAUUCCACCAUGCAACAGGUUAUGCAAAAUCCCCAGUUUAUGACCAUGGCUGAGCAGCUUGGUAACGCAUUGAUGCAGGAUCCAUCAAUGUCUACCAUGCUUGAGAGCUUUGCAAACCCAGAAAACAAAGACCAGCUUGAGCAACGAAUGGCGCGUAUCAAGGAGGAUCCAUCAUUAAAGCCUAUCUUAGAAGAGAUAGAGACUGGUGGUCCUGCUGCUAUGAUGAGGUACUGGAAUGAUCAAGAUGUUCUGAAGAAGUUGGGUGAAGCAAUGGGUCUUGCCGCUUCCGGAGAUCCAGCUACUUCCGCAGACAAUGCUGGAGCAGAAGAUGCCGAAGGUGCAGGAAAUGAAGAUGAAUCAAUUGUUCAUCACACUGCUAGUGUUGGUGACGUGGAGGGUCUGAAAAACGCCCUAGCCUCUGGGGCUGACAAGGAUGAGGAAGAUUCGGAGGGAAGAACAGCAUUGCAUUUUGCAUGUGGAUAUGGCGAGGUGAAGUGUGCUCAAGUUCUUCUUGAGGCUGGAGCUAAAGUGGAUGCAUUGGACAAGAACAAAAACACUGCUCUACAUUACGCAGCUGGUUAUGGCAGGAAGGAGUGUGUGGCCCUUCUGCUGGAGCAUGGUGCUGCUGUCACUCUUCAGAACUUAGAUGGCAAGACGCCCAUCGAUGUUGCGAAACUGAACAAUCAGCACGACGUUCUAAAGUUGCUCGAGAAGGAUGCCUUCCUGUAACUCUGGAGACCACGUGGCAGGCAUAUUUAUACUUUUUGCGCUCUUAUAGGCAAAUAUUUCAUUGUGUCAUUAGACCAAUUUGCGCUGAUCAGUUUGAGAUUGUAGUCCACUCCCCACAACUUGAUGAUGCUUUCGUCUGUGUUAUUUAUUCUGCUCUCUGAUUGAUACGUUGCAUGAAUUUGAUAGCAGCAUAAUCAGACUUUUUGAUGGGACACGCGAUGUGAAAUGUAAUGUGUGCCAUUAUCACAAUUAGUUAAUUUAUUAUUUUGUGUUCAGUUCA